CUUUUUCUCAUUCUCUCUGGCGGUGUCAACCCCAGACCCGCCCUACCCGUGCCUCCCUCCCCUUCCCCGCUGGGGUCCUGCCCACCUUCCUGCGGGGAGGCCAACUGUUCUCGAGACUCCGGGCGGGGCGAGAGGCCGGGCCUGGGGCUGGAGGGUCGGGGGGAGGAGAAAGGGAAAGCAGAGGCGAGAGAAAUUAGGAGGCGGGAGAAAUCGAGGGCUAGAAGGAGAGGAGAGUCCGAGGAUGGUGGAGAGCACAUUUUGGAAGUCACCACGCCGCGUCUCAGGCUGGCCUGGCUGAGCUGGGGGAGAGGGAACGAGGGCGGCACAGGGCGGGCGAGAGGGCGGCAGGAGACAGCUGGGCGCGGGUCUGACCUCCCCAGAGCGCCCGGCUGCGGCCGCGCAGGUCCGGCCUUGCCGUCCGGUCUCCAGUCCCAGAAAAUUCGCCGGGCCGCCCCCGGGGGCGCUAAGCGCUUUGCAUCGUCCGGGCCGGCGGCCGGCGGGCGUGCGGGCCGUGCGCCCUGGGCGCGCUCGGCGGUGAGGCCUGGGGAGCCCUGCGCGCCGGGACGCACGGGCCGGCCUGGCGAUGCACGCCCUUACUGGCUUCUCGCUGGUCAGCCUGCUCAGCUUCGGCUACCUGUCCUGGGACUGGACCAAGCCGAGUCUGGUGGCUGACGGCCCCAGUGAGGCCAGCGAGCAGCCCUCCGUCGCUCCACCCCAGCCUCCCCACAUUAUCUUCAUCCUUACCGACGACCAGGGCUACCACGACGUGGGCUACCAUGGCUCAGAUAUUGAGACCCCUACACUGGACCGUCUGGCCGCCGAGGGUGUCAAGUUGGAGAAUUACUACAUCCAGCCCAUCUGCACGCCUUCGCGGAGCCAACUUCUCACGGGCAGGUACCAGAUCCACACGGGACUUCAGCACUCCAUCAUCCGCCCUCGGCAGCCCAACUGCCUGCCCUUGGACCAGGUGACGCUGCCCCAGAAGCUGCAGGGGGCAGGUUACUCUACCCACAUGGUGGGUAAGUGGCACCUGGGCUUCUACCGGAAGGAGUGCCUGCCCACCCGCCGGGGCUUCGACACCUUCCUGGGCUCGCUCACGGGCAAUGUGGACUACUACACCUACGACAACUGCGAUGGCCCUGGGGUGUGUGGCUUUGACCUGCACGAGGGCGAGAAUGUGGCCUGGGGGCUCAGUGGCCAGUAUUCCACCAUGCUCUAUGCCCAGCGCGUCAGCCACAUCCUAGCCAGCCACAGCCCCCGGCAGCCCCUCUUCCUCUACGUGGCCUUCCAGGCGGUACACACGCCCCUGCAGUCCCCUCGUGAGUACCUGUACCGCUACCGCUCCAUGGGCAACGUGGCCCGGCGGAAAUACGCAGCCAUGGUGACCUGCAUGGACGAGGCCGUGCGCAAUAUCACCUGGGCCCUGAAGCGCUAUGGUUUCUACAACAACAGUGUCAUCAUCUUCUCCAGUGACAAUGGCGGCCAGACCUUCUCCGGGGGCAGCAACUGGCCGCUGCGAGGACGCAAGGGCACUUACUGGGAAGGUGGUGUGCGGGGCCUGGGCUUUGUCCAUAGCCCUCUGCUCAAGCGAAAGCGACGGACCAGCCGGGCACUGGUGCACAUCACUGACUGGUACCCGACCCUGGUGGGUCUGGCAGGUGGCACUGUCUCUGUGGCCGAUGGGCUAGAUGGCUAUGACGUGUGGCCAGCCAUCAGCGAGGGCCGGGCCUCGCCACGCACGGAGAUCCUGCACAACAUUGACCCGCUCUACAACCACGCCCGGCACGGCUCCCUGGAGGGUGGCUUCGGCAUCUGGAACACCGCUGUGCAGGCUGCCAUCCGUGUGGGCGAGUGGAAGCUGCUGACGGGAGACCCGGGCUAUGGCGACUGGAUCCCACCGCAGACACUGGCCGCCUUCCCAGGCAGCUGGUGGAACCUGGAGCGGAUGGCCAGUGCCCGCCAGGCUGUGUGGCUCUUCAACAUCAGUGCUGACCCCUACGAACGGGAGGACCUCGCUGGCCAGCGGCCAGACGUGGUCCGCGCCCUGCUGGCCCGCCUGGUGGACUAUAACCGCACAGCCAUCCCUGUGCGCUACCCGGCUGAGAAUCCCCGGGCCCAUCCUGACUUUAAUGGGGGUGCUUGGGGGCCUUGGGCCAGUGAUGAGGAAGAAGAGGAGGAGGAGGAGGAAGCCAGGUCUCGAAGCCUCUCCCGGGGGCGCCGCAAGAAAAAAUGCAAGAUUUGCAAGCUGCGAUCCUUUUUCCGUAAACUCAACACCAGACUGAUGUCUCACCGGAUCUGAUGUAGGAGGAGUGGGGGGAGGAUCUCUGUCCCCCUAAAUGUAUUCCUCCUCUCAAGCCUGGUCCUGCUCCUCAACCAGGGAGGGGCCUGAGGUCACGGCUCCAUCUGCAGGGAAAUGUAGGGUAUAUAGCCGCUCAGUUGAAGGGUAGGGAGUUUGGCUUGGGCGUAGGGGUAGAAUAAACUAGAUGGGAUGGAUGCCUGAA